AUGGAUACAACUUUUCUCUCGGCCCACCGAGGGCUGACCCGUCCUGAGUCCAAACAAACCCUCACCUCAUCGGGUAAGCCAUCUGGAGGCGACCUGUCCCCGCCACCGCUACCUGUCGGUCAUUCAAUGGCAGAGACACCGGCAGCUGGCGAUGGCAGCAGGAGAAAUUCAGGCUUCAAGAAACACCACCACAAGCAUAACCUGAAACAUCGCUACGAAUUGCUCGAGACUCUAGGAAGAGGGACCUAUGGCAAAGUAAAGAAGGCAAUUGAACGAAACUCAGGGAGAGAGGUGAGACACUUUACAACUCUCUUUAUGGAUAGGGGUAGGGGUUAAAAACGCUCUUUACGCAUAGGGGUUUGAAGCACCCUGUACAUAACCUCUGUAAAGGUUCUUAGAAUGCGGCUCAUAUAAUUUAGGCCUACAGACUGCAGGCUACUGUUGAGACGCCCAAUCCGGAGUCAUAGUAAACAUAGCUACAACAAAGAGGCCUUAAAUACCCAAAUAGCUACUUUGUUGCGCUCUAGGCAUGUGCGUCUUUUUCCCCCUCUGGGAAUUCCCCCGUGCUCAUAGGGCCUCUAGUGCCCUGGGAAUCUCUGCAGCACGCGCGCUGUCCCCAGCAGUACCUCGCGAUCGGAUGCUUAAGUGAUACUGACUUAUUGAUGCAGCUUAAAUGAACCCAACCAUAUGCACCAUUGAAAGCGGCCAACAGUCCUCCAAGAUACUUCCGCCUACUCACAUUGAAUGGGCUGGGAUUGUGCAAUUUAUUGCUUUAAGGUGAAGAGGUUCCAAGUUUGGCAAACUCAAACUUGAGAACUGGCCUAGAACAAGACCUCUGUUUUUUUAUUUAACUGCAUGUUAAAAUAAUAGCUUCCUGAAUGACUGUGUCAUUUGGACCAAUGUCCCUUAACUGUUUGGUUUUUGUUUGUGUCUUGGUGCUGUUUUGAUCGACAAUUUCUUCAAGUUUCUCCAUUUCUUUUUUGUAAUUGAAUGCUCACCAUCUGCCCUCAUGCACCAUACUUGGAGACCAGAUUUUUCCACAUGCUGCAGAAUUUGACCCAUGUUCCCCAUUGGCAGAAGGAGAUGAACUUUCCAUAUGUGUGUUCAGAUUCAGAAUGCCAGGGGGAAAACUCAGUAGGGUCAACAUGUCCAUCGCUCCUGACACACAUGCAUGCUUGGUGGGGGCACCAUAAACCCAUAGCUCAAAUAGCUCCUUCAUAUGGCCUGCCUUGCUGGUGACUGGCGCUUUAUGGCAGCCAGUGCUUUAUAACAAGUUUCCCAACUCAUUAAAAACACAGGGUGCUUCGGUGUAUUGAAAAUUGGGGUCUGUUUGGGUCUGUUUGAGUAGCCUAAUCACAUCUUUUGAUAUUUUUAUGGCUAUUAUGUUAUACCCCAUUAAUAACCUCUGUAAUACCACUUUGUAUGUCAUUGCCAUCUUCACAUGCCCUGACAUCAUUCUAGAGAUGUAUGGAGUGAUGGGAUUCCCCGAUCCCCAUGCAUUCCUCCUCUAUCAGUGAGCUUGGCCUAGCUUAGUUCUCCAGCCCUUAAUGGUUCCACUUUAAAUGGCAGGCAGCAGAGCUGAUCCUGGAACAGUGUGUAGCUAAUAAUAAAUCAACCUAAACCAUUUCCAUUUAAUGUGUGACAACAUUAUUAGCAGUACAAGUGGCCAUGGGCCCUUUGUAAAUCAACACUUGAGUACAUUUGGUUAAGCAUCACCCAGACAGAGACAGAGAGAGAGAGAGUGUACAGACAGACUGUGUGUCUGGCAUGGUGUUGUGAGAGUGCGGUACAUGGUCUCUGGCCUAAAGAGCCCAUGGUGUCCAUAUGAUAGAGAUUACAACAGGGUGACAGACCGUUAUGCAAUCCCUCUGCUCUGGCUCUGCCCUUUUUACUUUCCCUGGUUGGCGUGCCGGCUUCCUUAGCAGCUAGACUAAAUGAGAAGAGCAGAAGGGGAAAGAGAUUGAGAAGAGAGAGAGAGUGUGUGUGUGUGUGUGUGUGAAGCUUGGAAGGGACUGUCACUAAAGAGAGAUUGAUUAGAUGUGUGGGUACAUGAGCAUAUGUGUUAGUCAAAGUGUGACUGAUUCUGUAGACAUAGGAUCUGCACACCCUUCUGUUGAGUGUGUGUUGGCUGCUUGGUUUGGAUGGAAAGUCAGUGUCUGUGUUCUCCUACUGUAUAUCUGGUCUGAUUUGACUACUGUAUAUCUGGUCUGAUUGGACUACUGUAUAUCUGGUCUGAUUUGACUACUGUAUAUCUGGUCUGAUUGGACUACUGCAUAUCUGGUCUGAUUUGACUACUGUAUAUCUGGUCUGAUUUGACUACUGUAUAUCUGGUCUGAUUUGACUACUGUAUAUCUGGUCUGAUUUGACUACUGUAUGUGGGCAUGAGCUUGGAUGUGCAAAUGUAAAUGUGUAUGCCAUUAUGACUCUUGCACGUGCUCAUGUGCGUUUGUAAUGUUGUAGAUGUUUCCGGGACAGGUAUGUGUGAGUGUGUUUGUGAGUGUGUUUGUGUGUGUGUGUGUGUGUGUGUGUGUGUGUGUGUGUGUGUGUGUGUGUGUGUGUGUGUGUGUGUGUGUGUGCUUGCAUGUAUGGGUGUGCGCACGUUUGUACUGUGUGUGGGUGUGUUCGUGAAAAGGUUGUGGUGACAGCAGGGCCCAGAGGGAGCAGUGACACAUGAAAGGCCAUCCCCAGCAGGAAAUGAGACAGGGAUGGAAAGUUAAUAUCCUGUGGGGGUCCAAAGCAGAGGGAGGGGAGGAAGAAGGGAGGGGGAAAGGGGAGGAGGGGGGGUUGGGUGGGUGACGGAGGGAGGGGGAGGUAGGGAGAGAGGGGUGAGGUAGGGAGAGAGGGGGAGGGAGUAUGGGAAGGAUGGAGGGAGGGGAGAGCAAUUUAAAGAUAACCCCACCAUAAUGGUAGGGGUGGGCUUCAAUUAAGGGGUUACAAAAUCACAUUAAUAUGAGUUUAAAGCACUAGAUUACCUCACCCCCAAACAGUGGAUUCAGUGGGGAUUAACUGUGAGGAGAAAAAUACAGAGAUUCACUGUUAUUGGCUGUAGUUGUGCAGAUAUCAGCAUUUUUUCUUCUUCUCUCUGGCUCUGUGGUAAACAUACUAUACUGAGAGAUGGCUCUGCUCUCACAAUCAAUCAUAGGGUCCUCCCUGCUAUUGUCAACUCCCCUAAUACACACACACUAUCUCUCUCUCCAUCCACACACAUGAACAUGAUCUUCAGAGAGAAAGGGGGAACUUGUGAUCUAUACCUCAUCAAUUUUAAGGGGCUGAGAAAACACUGGCCGCUGUCAGGCUCUAGUGGAGCGGAGCAUGGCCUCUCACAUCAAACACACUGCACCAUAGAGCCUAGCAGGAGGAGUGUACCUGACAGAGGGUGGCUGGGCCAGGCCAGCAGGGCAGCGAUCUGUGUGACUGACAGUAAUAGCCCACCACUUAAAGACAGGCGCAGGGCUGCACUAUACUGUGACAGCCAGCUGGCAAGUGGAUGUUUCAUAGUAGAGCUGGGACGAUAAACCGAAAAUGAUCGACACCGACCAUACUGGUCACUUAUCUCAGGCAUUUUGCUGAUAUCGUUCAUUAUGAUAAGUAGGCUAUGCUAGAGAAAUGUGACGUUUGAAAUUAAAUAUGUUUGCUAAUAUGGGUGAUUGUUAAUGGGACAAUUCAUGGCUACAACCAUCAAACUAGUAGUGGUAGUUUAAAGGAUAAUAAAAAAUAAACUGUGGUGCACAUUCAUGUUAUAAACGUAUAGUUCUAUUUAUCAUUAACACAUCAAUUCAGGCAAUUUAUCGCUAUAUGGAUUUUUGUCCUUAUCGCCCAGCUCUAACACACAGGCCUGCAUGUUUAAUUACCCACUACACUACAGGGUCCCAGGGGAAUAACGUGCCUAGGGGGAUGGAGGGAUGGAUCUCUUUGUCUGCUCUCUGUAUUGUUGGGAUGCUGUCUCUCUAAUCUAAUGAGUUUACAAACGGUCUAAUUUGAGGGUCAAAGAGCAGUGUCUGUUGAUACUGUACUCUACUAUCUGCCAUAAGAAAGUAGCACCAGUGGAGGCUACUGAGGGGAGAACGGCUCAUAAUAAUGGCUGGAACGGAGCAAAUGGAAUGGCAUCAAACACCUGGAAACCAUGUGUUGGAUGUAUUUGAUACCAUUCCACUGAUUCCGCUCAAGUCAUUACCACAAGCCUGUUCUCCCCAAUUAAGGUGCCACCAACCUCCUGUGGAAAGUACAUCCCGUCCACAUAUCUCUGUAGAAAUGAAACCCCACACACACACACCACUGUACCCAUGACUUUAGGGCAGGGGUGUCAAACUCAUUCCACAGAGGACCGAGUGUUUGCGGCUUUUUGUUUUUUCCUUCCAAUGAACACCUAGACGACCAGGUGAGGAGAGUUCCUUACUAAUCAGUGACCUUAAUACUGCGAUCAAGUACAAGGGUGGAGCGAAAACCCGCAGACACUCAGCCCGCUGUGGAGUGAGUUUGACACGUGCUUUAGGGUCAUGUCAUUAAGACCAUUGUGAAUUUAUAUCGUACCAUCUCCAGGUAGAUUACCUCCUCCUGUCAUGCAUUUUUAUAGGAACUGAAACCACACCCUCUUACUUUUAAAUUAAAAAAGCAAAUGUGAAAAAAAUUGACCUGCAGUGCAGAUGGUGUGCUGCUUCACAUAGAGACAGACUGUGGGCUUACAGUCCUACUAGUUUAGGAUUUGGCAUAAUAAUAAUAAUAAUACGCCAUUUAGCAGACGCUUUUAUCCAAAGCGACUUACAGUCAUGCGUGCAUACAUUUUUGUGUAUGGGCAUGACGUGAAUACAGUACUAUUGCUGUUGAUGACCCCAUGAGGUAAUGGAAAACACAAAACAAUGGAGGUACAAUCAAGACCAGCGAAUAAUUAACAGACUAAAGACUACCACUCAGCAUGUGAAAACAAAACGGGGCCUUUACUUGUUUAUAUUUAUAUCUUUUUUUAUUCUAUGUAAUCAAGUCAUGGUCUGGAUGAGGAGUUUUUCCGGUCUUGGUUAUUUUGAUUAAGGUACACCGUAAUUAGCUUGGAACAGUGACUGUAUGUGGUUUCUACUCCUGCCUGGCCCUGGAGUAGAACUGACCUUCACUGUAAUGGACCUUUCUCUUAGUAAGGAAAGCUUUUUUCCUCCCUAGCUAACAGAGGCAGUCUAGGCCUAAAUGAAUAUACAGUACAGGUAUACAGUAGUAAAAAUAGUCCAUGGGGCUCAAACCUGAAUGUUUAGUAUUAGUGGAAUCUAGGGCUGUCCCCAAGAGUCCACCAAGAUCUUUUUAAAUGUUUAAAAUGUGUAUUUAUCCAUAUAUAGACGCACCCUAAUUGUUUUAAUAAAAUCAACUAUGUGUAGGCUACUGAGCUUGUCUGAUGCUUUGAGCACACUGUGAUUAAAUAAUUAAGACACACAAAUGACUGAAGAGAGCCUAACCAGAAGAAAGAAACCUGUUCCUGAAGCUCCGCCUCCUGCUGCUGCUGGCUUUGGCAGAUUCUGCCAUUACGCUCCCGAAGUUGCCUAUAAUAGGCUACACCAGGAGUCAGCAACCUUUUCCAUUUGUAGUGCCAAUUUAUCUCAAUCUAAAUGAAAAUUGUACAAAUCUAAAAGUAACUUAUAUUGCCAUUGCCAACUAUGUAAAAAUAGCCUACAUAAAAGCCAACAAAUAAAAACAUUGCAGCCUGCAGGUAGAAAAUAUCCUCAUGAAAAUAAAUCACAAUGGCUACGCAUGGCCUGUCUGCAAGGAACUUGAAACAUUGAUUGAGCUAUCAACUUGGUCCAGCCUGAAGCUUUCUCUAACAACCUUGCAACAUUGUAUAAAAUAUUCUGGACCCUCAGAUUUUCCUAUGCCAGUGAGCACAGACAGACACAGCUGUAGGCUAUUUGCACAAGGGAUAAGAAGUAAUCAGGUAGACCUAUUUUAUGAUGUUUCCACCGGAUCAGAGCAUGACAUUUUUUACCCCUUUCACGCCGUGGUUAUCAAAAGGUAGAGAUCUGUAAAGAUUUUUCAAAUAGCCUACAUUAAGGAACUAUUGUCAUUCUCAAUGGAUGUAAAAACAGACUUUGUUUACUUACUGUUUGAGGUGAAGAAAAUGUUAUUUGAGAAGCUCCACCGCUCAUUAGUGGUGUUGAGUUAAGACAAUUAGAAAUACUAUCAGAUCCCCAAAUGGGCACAUUUAUAAGCCUACAUUUGCGCGCAGGCCAGGUAGCCUAGGCCUACUUCUAUGCCAAAUCAGGAGCGCUCCAAACAAAACACAAUUAAUACAUUGACAACUCGUAAAUGGAAUUAAAUAAACCAAAACGUGUUUCUCACAAGUAUAGCCUAGGUUGUGCUCUCUGCAAACAACAUGUCCACUUCAACAAUGAGAACUGUAAAAGACUGUAAUAAUAAUAUAUUGAAUGUAUUAAAAUAAAUUACAGUAACGAAACAAACAUUGUAGAUGAUAAAUGAUGGUAAUUAAGGGUAAAUGUAGUACUGGUGAUACUGGUGUGCCAUCCCCGCGGCCUCCGCAAUGGAUUAGUCCACUCAGAUAGGCGUCAAUCAAGACGUGUCAUAAAUUUGACCAGUUGACUAAAUGGGGUCAGCCCUAGUGGAGUUUAUAUUAUAUUAUUAUAAUAAUAGUAUUAGUGGUCUAGUGACAAGACCUUAGGUCUCUGAUGUGGGUGUAGGCCUACACACUGUACGACGUGUGUGAGUGUUUGUGAGAGGGAUGGUAUAAAUCAACAUUAGUAGUGUCGUCACGGGCUAGUUUAGAAGGUUCAGCUCAUCAAUCCACUUCCCCUGCUGGGACACACACACCUCCACCAGUUGCAGUUGCCAUGGAAACCCGCAGCACAGAAAUCCCCUAUUCUUCUUGAUGUGCUACCUGAUAUAUCCAUUAGACUGGGGUCAGGUUAGGGGGAGUUGCCCCUGCCCCGUUCCACACACACACACACACACACACACACACACACACACACACACACACACACACACAUCAUAGACUUGAGAGACCAAGCUGUCUGUUAAUACUAGGGUGAACACAGUACAAAGGAGUCCUCCAUUACUGCACCACGUGCCAAGUUGUUUUUCCUCAGAGAGCACCUUCAUUUUCUCCUCUAAAGAGACGGUAAAUUACACAGCAAGAGCCUGUGAUGACUGUGAUGUCUGAGUCUGUGUCUCUCAGUCAAUUGACCCCUUCCUGUCUGUGUGGACUGGAUAAGUGGGAGAGCAGAGGUCAGAGGUCACAGUGGGCUGGUCACUAUAGGGCUCUGGGGAGGGGGGUUAUGUGGUUGAGGAGGUUCAGAGAGUAUUCAUUUAGAUUAUGUUAUGUAAGACAUUUUGCAAUGGUCAACAGAGUUUUCUUCAUUCUCUGGCUGUCCAAAUGUGUUUGCUGAUGUGCGAUCACUGUGAAGAGUUGUCUGUGAUUUGCUGUGUGGGUUUGUUGACUCACGUUUUGACCUGAGUUGGUUCAUCAUCACAAUCAGUUUGGAGGUAUUGCUGAUUUUGAUUGAGCUGCCCCACUAGCCAUUUUUGUAUACUUGUAUCCAUCUGAUUAUUAGUCCACUUGAACUGACCAGAACACCUGUCUGUCCUCUCUGUCCUCAGGUGGCUAUCAAGUCCAUCCGGAAGGAGAAGAUCAAGGAUGAGCAGGAUAUGGUUCACAUCCGCAGGGAGAUAGAGAUCAUGUCAUCCCUAAAACACCCCCACAUCAUCUCUAUUUAUGAAGGUGGGUCUCUGUCCACACACACACAUACACACACACACACACACACACACACACACACACACACACACACACACACACACACACACACACACACACACACACACACACCAUUUCACUCUCUUCCCUCCCCCAGUUCUGCCUCGUCCCGCUGUAGGACUGUCAUGUUAUGACAAGCAGAUGUCAUAAUAAGAUCUGGACGUCGGCUUUGGGAUGUUAUUCAUAUUUUCUUCUCUGUCUGAUCCAAGUCAGUGAGUAGAUCCAUUGUGUGUGUGUGUGUGUGUGUGGCUGCAUGUGUGCGUUUCUGGAUGUCUUUCAAAGAGUGUAUGUGUGUGCACGUUCACGUGUGUGUGUGUGUGUGUGUAUGUGUCAGACGGGUGUCCGUGAGGUUAGCCUCUCUAUCCCACAUCUGAGAGGUUUCUUCUUAUGUCUUCCCUGGUCUUGAACUCAGGGCCAGACAUCUGCUGGUACUUAGAGAGAUCUCCAGCUGGGAGCCAGACUGAGACUGAGGCAGUAUAAGGAGAGAGAGAGGAGACUAACCCCACCCCGCUAACCCUGAGUCUGACUCCACAGAUAUGGACAGGGAGAGAGGGAGAGAGGGAGAGAGAGGAGGCUAACCCCAAGUCUGACUCCACAGAUAUGGACAGGGAGAGAGGGAGAGAGAGGAGGCUGACCCCAAGUCUGACUCCACAGAUAUGGACAGGGAGAGAGGGAGAGAGAGGAGGCUAACCCCAAGUCUGACUCCACAGAUAUGGACAGGGAGGAGAGGGGGAGAGAGGGGGCUAACCCCAAGUCUAACUCCACAGAUAUGCACAGGGAGGAGAGGGGGAGAGAGGAGGCUAACCCCAAGUCUGACUCCACAGAUAUGGACAGGGAGAGAGGGAGAGAGAGGAGGCUAACCCCAAGUCUGACUCCACAGAUAUGGACAGGGAGAGAGAGGGGGCUGACCCCAUGUCUGACUCCACAGAUAUGGACAGGGAGAGAGGGAGAGAGAGGAGGCUAACCCCAAGUCUGACUCCACAGAUAUGGACAGGGAGGAGAGGGGGAGAGAGGGGGCUAACCCCAAGUCUAACUCCACAGAUAUGCACAGGGAGGAGAGGGGGAGAGAGGAGGCUAACCCCAAGUCUGACUCCACAGAUAUGGACAGGGAGAGAGGGAGAGAGAGGAGGCUAACCCCAAGUCUGACUCCACAGAUAUGGACAGGGAGGAGAGGGGGAGAGAGGGGGCUAACCCCAAGUCUGACUCCACAGAUAUGCACAGGGAGGAGAGGGGGAGAGAGGAGGCUAACCCCAACUCUGACUCCACAGAUAUGGACAGGGAGAGAGGGAGAGAGAGGAGGCUAACCCCAAGUCUGACUCCACAGAUAUGGACAGGGAGGAGAGGGGGAGAGAGGAGGCUAACCCCGAGUCUGACUCCACAGAUAUGGACAGGGAGGAAAGGGGGAGAGGGAGGGAGAGAGAGAGGAGGCUAACCCCACCCCACUAACCCUGAGCCAGACUCCAAAGAUAUGGACAGGGAGGAGAGGACCUAAGCUCACGCUAAAGCCACCUCCACAUACAGAAUAUCUAGACCAAUAAUUCCCAAACUGUGGGGCCCCAAUAAUAAUAAUAAUAAUAAUUAUAUUUUAGGAACUCAGUCCGGCUUUCAACUUACUCCUGAAAGUUGUAAUAGUAGAAUGCUGAAGGUGCAAUUUCGAAAUUGGGUAGUGCAUCAUCAGUUCCUCUUGUCAUGUUAGUCAUUGCAUACCUUAGAGAGCUAUUUAUAACUUGUCAGAAAUGUCCAGAUCAACUAGCCCAUGUCAGCUAACGUUUUUUAGCUAGGUUUUUUAACCCAUAGAUUUUGUUGUAAUAUUUGAGUCACUCAAAUAUCACAUGAAUUAGACAUGGCAAAAUGUAUAGAAUUGCAAGAAAAUCUCUGCCAACAAGAGGGGUGUGAACAGUUUGUGUCAUGAACAGUGCUUGUUCCCAUAGAAAUAGACGUGGCGUGCGCAAGCAGUGGGGGCGCAAUAUCUUCCUCAAUGUUGGAAGGGGGUCCUGAGUGAAAAGGUUUGGGAACCCCUGCACUAGACAACCCUCUAAAAGACAAAGGCUUCACUCAUAUUGUUUGUUGCAUAUCUGCUCUUUUGGUUUGACCCCACACCUCAGUUUGAGAGGGGAAGUGUGAGUUACAGAGAAUGUUGAUGCAGAUUACAUUACCUUACAAUUUCCAUCACACGUUUGACCCACAAAUGAACCUCCAUCUCAAAGGGCAGUUGAACCUAAAGCACAUAGAUGCGGUAAGUCAGAUCUAGUGUCUGUUUUUAUAUCCCACAUCAUAAAAGAUAUGUUUUAUAUCUACCAUGUCAGAACUGUUGGUCUAACAACACUGCCCAAACAGGCUGACUAUGACACUGCUUUGAUUGGGUUCAGUCUGCCAAUCUUUAUUGACCCGACAAACAGUGCUAUUUGUCAUGGGAACUUGCCGGUCUUCAGUGAGUGUUGUGGUUGCUAUGGUUCAACUUAGUUUGUAUGUGUCUGAGAGGCUGAUUAGGAGAACACUCCUAUAAACUAGCCUAUAAGGAGUUAGGGUGAUGCUCACUCCUAUAAACUAGCAUAUAAGAAGUUGGAGUGCUGCUCCCUCCUAUAAACUAGCCUAUAAGGAGUUGGGGUGCUUCCUCACUCCUAUAAACUAGCCUAUAAGAAGUUGGGGUGCUGCUCCCUUCUACAAACUAGCCUAUAAGGAGUGGGGUUGCUGCUCCCUCCUAUAAACUAGCCUAUAAGGAGUGGGGGUGCUUCCUCACUCCUAUAAACUAGCCUAUAAGGAGUGGGGGUUCUGCUCCCUCCUAUAAACUAGCCUAUAAGGAGUUGGGGUGCUUCCUCACUCCUAUAAACUAGCCUAUAAGGAGUUGGAGUGCUGCUCCCUCCUAUAAACUAGCCUAUAAGGAGUUGGGUUGCUGCUCCCUCCUAUAAACUAGCCUAUAAGGAGUUGGGGUGCUGCUCCCUCCCAACCAUUGCCAGUCGUUUUUUUGGAGAGGUUGCUUGGUUUCUGGUGUUUCUCUUUAACCAGUGGUUACUGUUGAGGGCUGGCCCCUUCCCAGAAAAGUGUUGCAAAUGUAUAGACCCAUUUGUGUAUCCGGCAACACCCGUGUCAACAGAUAACUGCUUGUGUGAAACAAAGCUGAACCAGAUGUGCAGAGUUGAGAUUGAUUUUCCUGCUCUGCAUCCAUUCUGCAUCCCAUCAGCAGGCCUGCGAGCAUUUAAAGCACAUUCGCUUGUCACUUCCAGCAUAAUUCAUUACCUCAUAACUUGAUUUUAAAGGAACAUUUUCCAGAGAGGUCUUGCUGAAAGUCAAUUCGGUCCAUUCAGUUUAAAUGGUAUUCACGUCAUCUAUUUGUGUAGUGUUUUGGGUAAUGCUAUUGUCCCCCAGCAGACUUAAAGGCAGUCAAACAAGCCUGGCAUGACAAGGACAAGGACCUCCCUCUGGUUUAGAGAAGACUGGACUUUGAGAAGGGAUCGAUUUUAAAGGGGGUACCCCUCCUCCCACUCAUUUUCUGGUUUGAAUCAAAAAAGCACUGCAUUAUGAGUACUGUACAUAACCCUCCAUGUAAAAUAUAAGCCAAAACACUAAUGGGGGAAUUCUGACCCGACUUAAGCGCUCAUAAAUGGAACGUAAUUUCCUUUUUAUGCACUUUUCUCUCUAUCUGACCUUGAACUUAAGCAUGAUAACCUACCGGUUCCAAGUGGGAAAAGCAUCUACUUAAUAUUUUCCCAUAUAAAUAACACUAUUCUCCAUGCACAGUAAUUUACAACAUGAUAAGAGGUAGGUAAAUGAGUAAUCCAUUUGGAUAAGGGAAUUGUAAAUAUAAAUGACACUUGUUUAUAUCUAUUUGACCUUAUCUCUGGAGACAAAUGUGAAACUAGGUAUAUGGCAUCAAACUGAAGCAUAUCAACUUUCCCACAGUAACGUUUAUGUAUGGCCUUUUAACUUGCAGCGAUGGGCACUCUCAAAUGUCUUAAUUAUAGGCUACCCCGACAUUCUCUGUUUCCUAUUUAUACCAUGUUAAAUAUUAGCCACUAUCUCUAUAGAAGGUCAGUAAGCCUAAUAACAACUUAUAUUUAACUGCCAAUUUACCGUUAGUUCCCUAUAGUUGGUAUAGCCUAAAUUAUCUUUCCAUUUAAUUAUAUUGUUUUGUUUACCUUCAUUUGCUUCCUGUGUAAACACUGUCACGGCUGUGUGGUUGUUACUGAGGAUCAUUAGUAACAGUUGAUAAUAUUUUUAGAAAGACGUAGGUGUAAAGGACGUCACGCUGCUUGCUUAGCGAGUACCACUUCCUCCUUAUUCGGCCCACACCUGGCACAAACUCGGGACCUCUGCCUUGCUAACACGCGUGACCGCCCUCCUGAAGCGUCUUACCAGUCGACGCCACCCGAAAAGCUAGCUAUUCGCUGGCGCAAGUGGCGACACUUCAGGCUGAGGAGUAAGCUUCACACGUUCCUAUGUGCUACAUAGGCUAAUUAAAUCGUUAUGGAGCGCAGACCAAGCCGUAAUAGUUUGAACCCGACGCAUGGCGCAAUACUUGACCGUUUCAUCACACAGUUUCAUGGUUAGUGCAGGCAAUAGACGAGGGUAUAGCCUACUAUUCUACACUAUUCUCUCUAUUAUAAUUCUAUGCAUACUAAUCUUCCAACAUUACCAUGGGUUGAAGAACUGAAUGUGGCAAUUUUCAGGAUGAAUCAAACCACCGUUUUCUUUCUUUUGUGCGUAAACGCUCUCCAAACCAAUUAAUAAAUACUUUCCUAAACCUAAAUAAUCUACAAGAUCAGAGUAUUUUUUUAUCUACCAAUUGGUGCUGAAACUGAGACAAAUAUGCAUAUAUUUAGAUGGCUUUCUUUCAUUGAUCUCUAAUAUUCUGAACCCGUUCUCUCGAUAUAUUCUAUCGAGACUGUUGACAAAAUUCAAACUAAAAGGUACACCGUAUUUAAAGGGAUGUCUUAAGAUAAAUGGACUGAAAACCCUAUUGAAUGAAAACUCCACAAGAAAAUCUGUUGGCCAGCAAGUGGGAGGGGUUUCAGCAGUUGAACGCAAUUCAUUCAGAGCGUGCAAGGUAGCCACACCUGCAGAGCGCGUUAUGCAACUGAAUCAUGUAAGUCUGAAUACCAAAUACUGAGAAGUGCGUAGGAAAGGCAUAAAUGGCUCCUAAAUGUUUAUGUUAAAGACCUCACUUCAGACAUUAACACACUAUCAGGGCUGCAGUUACCAUUUUUUAAAGCUUUUAUGUUAAAAUAUAAUAAUUAUAAUUUUUUAUAUAAAAGCUACAUUUCUUAGUAACUUCAUUGUCCUCUAUCUAACUCUGCUAAGGCAGUGAUUAGCAACCCACCCCCAUGUUAGCAGCUCAGAGGCCUAGUGGACCCAGCGGAGAGCAGAGCAGAGCAUUGGGACAAUGGGUGCUAAUUAGUGUGAUCUGAGGCCUGCUGGCCUGUUGAACAAAGACUGAGUGAGUGAUGGACGGAGAGGGCACGCCAUUAUUUAAGCCAGGUAAUUACCCCAGUGAAUCAUGGGGGAGGGUGGCACGAGGGGCAGGGGUCAGAGGUAACGAGUGCCCACGCUGGGCUCUCAAACGGACCCCCACCAUGGAUCGCCGGAAGGGUCGUCCCGGGUCACGUCUCCGUCGGCCAAUCAGAACCGACCCCCAGGUCGGUUGGCCCGGUUCCCGUGUUGCCUGCCCUGCCCGGCGGAGCAGUCACAAUCAGGGAGGGUUACCAUCAAUCAGCAUCAACAUGUUUUUACCACAGGAUUAUUCUCUGAAAGGGAGGGGAGGGUGGGAGGAGAGGAGAGGGGAUGGGUGGGCCUGUGAAGGUGCUCGCUCAUGGGUGCAGAGCGUUGACUAGGCCUUCACCCCUGGAGUCCCUGUAGUGUGGGAAAAUACAUUGACAAUAAGAAGAACAUGGCCGAUGGUUGUGUCAUCAUCCCCUCUCUCUCCGCCUGACUAACAGUUCUCAUCCCCCAUAUGAUGCACUGCUGUUGGCACGGCAACAUGCCCUGGCAGUAGGCGAAAUGAUACAUUGGAGGCUAGAUAGAUAGUGGAACAGUACAGGACAGGUUGUCCUGUGUCUAGUCUGUAGGGCGUUCCUAUCUCUUCUCCAGGGGGCCGAUUCAGACCCGAGUUAUGCACACUUAAAUGGAACUUAAUUCCAUUUUUAUGUACUUUUCUCUCUAUGCGUGUUCUGACCUUGAACUUAUGCAUGAAGUAAUGUAUGUUUCAGCCAGCUAUUCACAGAAAGGAAGUUGUGGCAGAGGUGUGUCUACAGAUACACCGUAUUCUAACCUCGACUUAAUUCACUCGUAAUUCCACCAUCUUUACGCACGAUGAAAGAAUGAAUAAGGUCGAGCAACCUGUCGGUUCCAAGUGGAACAACAUCUGCUUAACUUUUUCCGAUAUAAAUAACAACAUUAUCCAUACACUGUAAUUUACAAGUUAAUAAGAGCUAAAUGAGUAAGACGUUUGGAUUUGGGGAUUGUAAAUAUAAAUGACAAUUGUUUUAAUUAUUUUACCUUAUGAUCGAUGGAGACAAAUGUAAAACCAGUCAUAUGGCAGCAAACUGAAGCAUAUCAACAUAUCACCUUUUCCACUGUGAAGUUUAUGAAAUGCUGGCCUUAUAACUUGCAAGGAUGAAAUUUGAUGACCCAAGCUAUAGGAUCUGUAGCCAUACGCAAAUGACAGUAUAGCGCCAAACCUGCAAUGUUGAUAUAUGAUUUCUAGAAUGUUUUAAUUAUAUGCCCGGACAUUUCACUGUAUGUUUUACAAUUUGUAUCAUGUUAAAUAUUAGCCACUAUUGGUAGCCACCGUCAGUUAUACCCACAUACAUUUCUAACUGUCACUUUAGUGUUAGUUUCAUUACAUUUUGUAUAAUUGCAUUACAUAGUAGUUUAACUUUCUUUCCUCUGUCACAUUUGUGUGGUUGUUCCUGUAGAUCGCUAGUAAUAGUGGAUCAUAUUAGGCUAACGUAUUAGAAGUUGUGCAAUAAUUUGGGACAUGUAGCCUAUUUGAAUCAUUAUGGAACGUAGACCAUAGGUAGCAGCUUACCUGGAGCCUGGCGCACGGUUCACAGUUCACGGUUUACAACGGCUGGACCGUUGUCAUCACAGUUCCAUGAUUAGUGAGGAUUAAUAGGGUAGAUUUAUAGGACUACUGUUCAACCCCUAUUGUGCACUUUUCUCACCUUCCAAUAUUUCAUGGAUGGAACAAUUGAAUAUGGCAACUUUCAAGAUGAGUCAAACCACCAUUUUUGAUUCACCAAUAUAUUUAGAGUGUAAAGGCUCUCCAAACCUUUUUGGUUUUGUUUUCAUUCAUCAUAAAUACUUUCCUAACCCUAAAUAAUCUACAAGAUCAGAGUAUUUUUUUAUCUACCAAUGUGUGUUUAAAAGGAGAUGAAUAUGCGUGUAUUUAGGCCUACAUGGCUUUCUUUAAUUGAUCCCUAAUAUUCGGAACUGUAGUAAGUCAGUCGAGAAAAUUAAAAUGAAAGGUACACCAAAUUUAAAGGGAUGGGUUUAGAUAAAUGUACUGAAAACCCUAUCUGCAUAAGGUAAGUGUGAAAACCAACUACUGAGAAGUGCGUAGGAAAGGCGUGCGUAGGAAAGGCGUACAUUUCCUAUGUCAGAAUCGGGCCCCAGGUUGAAUGGGGCUUUGUGUGAUGGCUUGGAAUGUGGGAGAGACUGGUGAAAGUUAGUGACAUGAAGAGAUGUUGAUUUACUGUCCAGGUCAGGAUGACACUAUGGACCUUCUGUUAACCAUGCUCUUCUCUUCUCUUCUCUUCUCUUCUCUUCUCUUCUCUUCUCUUCUCUUCUCUUCUCUUCUCUUCUCUUCUCUUCUCUUCUCUUCUCUUCUCUUCUCUUCUCUUCUCUCUCUUCUCUUCUCUUCUCUUCUCUUCUCUUCCUCUCUUCUCUUCUCUUCUCUUCUCUCUUCUCUUCUCUUCUCUUCUCUUCUCUUCUCAUUUCUCUCUUGCUCUCUCUCUCUUCGCCUUCUCCUCACCAAGGGGUUUGGCUGGUUACUAAAACACCCCCCCCCUCCCUCCCUCCCAGUUGUGUUGUUAAGACUCAAGCCAGACACAUGAGGUGGGAUUGGUGAUGUAAUGUAAUUGUAGAAGCAGUGCAGAGAGAUGCAACGUGCUCUGGAGUGUGAAUACAGCCAGUUGGCUCUGAAACUGGGAGGGGUACUCUUCUCAUUUAUUCAACAUAAUACUGUCCACUGAAACGAUGAAGUUAGUUGUUUCUCCUCCUGAAUGUUUUAUGAUGAAACCUCUGCUAUGAAAAAGAUGGUUGCUAACUGUUUGUCCAUAAUAACUGUGUGUCCAUUCUCCUCAAGUGUUUGAGAACAAGGACAAGAUCGUGAUCGUGAUGGAGUACGCCAGUAAGGGUGAGCUGUAUGACUAUAUCAGCGAGCGCCGGCGCCUGAGCGAGAGAGAGACGCGACACUUCUUCAGACAGAUAGUCUCUGCCGUGCACCACUGUCACAAGGUAAAAUUAUCCAGAGAAACGCGCACACGUGCACGCACACACCCACACAUUUCUGCUAAUCAGAUGCAGGGCGAAAUAUCAUAACCUUAUGACUAUAACCGUAUAUAUUCCUCACAUAGCGAAUACAUCUGCAGUAUGAGCUAUCCUUUUAGUGGCCUCUUGGUGUUAAGGAGGACUGUAAGGGAGUACAGAUUUAACACAAACCAGUGUUGUCCAUCGUGCACACAGUCCCAGCUCUGGCUCCCUCUAUCCUCAUCUGUUGUCAUGUCUCCAUAUCCCUGGAUCCCCUCAUAGCUCCCCCAGGACACCCCACCCUCCUCUCCCCCCAUAGCAUGGAUCCUAGCCCACCCCUCUCCUCUCCCUCCUCCCUUCCCUCAUUAAACCAUGGUCCCCCAGGGAGGGGGGAUGUUUGGGUGGGCUCCCCCCUAGUCAUCAUCUCUACAGCUGGAAUGGGAUGAUGUCAUCUCAUUUACAUUAACAUUUUAGUCUCCCCAGCAUAAGGGAGAGCUCUAGACACACAGCCAGCUCGUAGGGAUGAGUCUCUAGGGGCAACCGCACUGAGGGGUGGAGUAGCAUGGUGUAGGGUGGUGGGGUGAUAAAGUGUGGUUGACUGACACAGGAAGCAGGUGUACUGUGAGAGUGCUGAUUAGACCCACCUCAUCCACUCCAUUUAGAAGCAUGUGAACAAGUGUUCCCUGUCACAUCCUAACCAAUUGGAGACGCACAGUACAGUGUAGGCCUGGCGGUUACAGCUGUAGUGAAGUCACCCCAUCACUUCCAGAUCUGAAAUGGCUGCUUGUGUUUCCUGUCCCAGUGUGUGUACCACAUGUUAAUGCCUGCCUUGAAAGGGCCACUAAACUUCAUAGUUACUUUUUUUUGUGAGAACAUAAUUUAUCCUGGUCCAUCAUUACAGGCUCUUGUUUAUGUGACAUGUGAGUUAGAGGGAAAAUCACUGCAGAUGUCAACACACAGAUGAUAGAGGGCCAGGCAGGGCAAUUAAACUGUGCUAGACCAAUUGGCCCACUCUGACUAUAUCCCCUGAGAACAACACUGGAGUUGUACAGCACGGCAAUCGGUCUGGUGAUUUUUCUUCUAUAGCCAACGGAUGGACUGUUUGUCUUUUACAGAAUGGGGUGGUGCACAGGGAUUUGAAACUGGAAAAUGUGCUACUGGAUGAAAACUGUAACAUUAAGGUAAGAAAGAGUCAUUUAUAUUCAACUCUACAGACUAUUGUCCAUACAUUGUAACCUUGUAACAUAAUCUGUAAUUGUGUAACAGUCUGUAACUUUGAGUAGUGUUUAGAUAUGCAGGCACUACUAGACAACUUAAUUUUUUAGAGUCUGUAACCUUGUCAGUGCCAUAAGACUUUUAAUGACAUUUGUUAUGAUGUUUUACCAAACCACUAUGUGUCUCUGUCUCCCACCAGAUUGCUGACUUUGGGCUGUCCAACCUCUACCACAAGGACAAACUGCUGCAGACUUUCUGUGGCAGCCCACUCUACGCAUCACCGGAGAUAGUCAACGGAAGACCUUACUGUGGCCCAGAGGUAGGCACUAGGCAGGCACCACAGAGGUCAGGGGCCACAGACAGACACAAUGAGACAGACUGGUUUUCUUUUGUCCCUGGGAGAAGUUAUUACUAAUGGGGUGGGAGUCCCAAAGCAGAUAUAGAGAGGGAGGGAGGGAGAGAGAGAGAGAGGGAGAGAUAGAGAAAGUUAGUGGUAGAGGGAGGGGAGGGGAGGGGGGAGGGAGGAGGUGGAACAGGAUUGCUUCCGUCCCUCUCCUCGCCCCAACCUGGGCUUGAACCAGGGACCCUCUGCACACAUCGACAACAGUCACCUUCGAAGCAUCGUUACCUAUCGCUCCACAAAAGCCGCAGUCCUUGCAGAGCAAGGGAAACAACUACUUCAAGGUCUCAGAGUGAGUGAUGUCACUGAUUGAAAUGCUACUAGCGCGCACCAUGGCAUGAGGUCUCCUCUUUGAUGGGAUGCUCCCCAGUCAGUUACUACUCACAGCAACUCUCACAUCCUUAGUGGAAGUCCUCAGACUCACAUCCUCAGUGGAAGGCCACAGAUGGUGUCUUGGCUCCCUUUGAAGACUAUAGUGUUGUUGUUGCUCACAGUAUCCUCUAAUACAAUAUGAAUGAGUUACACAGACAGGCUCAGCACCUUCACUGCCAAGGAUGGGUGGGACAGAGAAGUUGUUUGGUUAAGAAAAAGGGAGAGAGAAUGUGACAAAAUAGCCUCAAAACUAUUUGUUGACUAAUUCCAAAGUAAUUCUUUAGGGCGUUUUCCAAAUUGCAAGAAAAGUUGUGCGUUAUUAAACAAAGUGAAAGUCGUAUUUUUAGACUGAAAAGUCCAACAAUUCGAUUUAGUAUAAUUCACUGUCAUUUUCUUCAGAAUUCUCAAAAUAACUACACAGAGAUUGUAAUCAAAGUUACAGAAUCCAGUUGGGGAAAAGCCGCAAAUUACAGCUAACACUGGAAACAAAAACAGAACACAACAAUGGCACUCACCCCAUCUCGCCCUCCCUGCAGCCCUGCCAGCCGACCAAUGACAGAGGAGCGGUCUUAGUCAUUGAACCAAUGACAGAGCGGCUCCAGUGUGAGACAUUCCUAGCAUGGGCCUUAAAGGAAGUCCAGUCAGUGUGGUGCUUCUGGGAUGGCUCUAUCUGAUUUCCUGUGCCCCGACAGUCUGCCCAGUCGCAGACCCCAGUCCCAGAGCUCAGUCCCAGACAUGGGCUGGCUAAAUCCCCCUGACCAUCAACAAGCAGCCACAUUCCUCCAGGAGUCUUGUCCUCCUCUUCCAAAGCCUGACAUCUGGCUAAUCAGUGACCGGCAGUGUGUCUCCUGAGAUCUGUUAGGGCCAGGAUAUCACGGCUCUGCCAUCUCUGCUGGACUCAGUACCCACCUCUCCAUCCCUCUGUUCCCCCUCCUGCCCCCUCCAUGCCCCAGACACUUGUCUUGCAUAACCCGUUUACUGAGACAGUCACAUUGCAUUAGAUUAGUGGUCACAAAGCGCAGGCUGACACACAGAGAAAGACAGAGGGAGAAAUAGAGUUCUAUGUGCAUGGAAACAAACUUGCACACUCCAGACUCCACACUCUGGUGUUUAUCACUGGUUCUAUGGCUGUGAGGGUGGAAGUGGAAGGCAGGGCUGAGAGCACAGCCCAUUAUCAGCCUGAAAACAUCAUCCUGGCACAUUUUUGCAAAAAAGGUAAAAUGUCACAGCAGCUGACGUUUUUCACAAUACAUUGUAGUCAAUGGGAAAAUAUGAGUGUCACAGGGUUGAUGUUUUUCUCAGUACAUUGUAGUCAAUGGGAAAAGAUGAGUGUCUCAGGGUUGAGACCUAAGUGAAUAAAUUGCAUUCAAUGGGGGAAGAUUAGCAUCACAAUAUGGAAGCAUAGCAAGAGAUCCAAGAUGGUGUAGCAGUGCGGUCGUGUAUUCUGUAGUGUGCUCGUGUAAAUAGCCUGUUUUUUUGUUUUUUGUCUUUUUCGUAUAUAUUUCUCAAUCUCACUUUUCAUCCUUCAACUAAAUAUACUUUCCUGCAACCCGCCUCACCCAAUGUGGAACGGAUUCUAUUAUUUCUUAUACCUAGCUACUUGCUAGCUACUUGCUAUUAGCCACCAUUAGCGGUUUUCACCAUUGUCCGUGGCCUGCACUACCUACCAGCCAGCUCUAGCCUGGACAAUUAUCGGCCAGUUUGCACAGCGUGCUAUCGACCCAGAAUAUAUCGGAUUUUCUGCCGGAAUCACUGGACCUUUAACACCGGAUCAUCGCAACUAGCUAGCUGCAACCGAAUGGAGGUUGUUGUUGGCUAAUCACCACUGUCCCGAAGCUAGCACCAGUUAGCCUUGAGCUAGCCUCGACCCAGGCCCAUCUCCCGGCUAUCUACCUCUCUGUCAACCGGACGGGACCUCCUAGUGUCGACACGGAGCCCCGCCGUUCCAUCACGACUGGUCUGCCGACGUAAUCGCCUGAUGUGGUUCCAACAGGCUUCCUGUUGCGACGACCAGGAAGAUCCAUCUGCUAGCCCCGGCCCGCUAGCACACGCAAUCAACAGCCAUGCCUCCUGCUCGCCUGUGCCGUAGCAGCCAUCGAACUACUCCCGGACUCACCUAUUGCUGUUCACUGGACCUUAUGAUCACUCAGCUACUCAGCUGAUGCCUGCUGGACUGAUCCUUUACAUGGUACCCCAUCCUGUGUAUCUGUCCUGUUUAUCUGUUUAGCCUCAGCCCAAACUUUCAUCGUCAUUAUCAGUUGUUGUCUUAGCUCUCUCGAAUAACACCUGUGAUUGCUUUAUGCCUCUCUCCAAUGUCAAUAUGCCUUGCCUAUUGCUGUUUCGGUUAGUUCUUAUUAUACAAUUUCACUGUAGAGCCCCCAGUCCCGCUCAACCUGCCUCAGAUAGCUCCUUUGUCCCACCCCCCACACACGCGGAGACCGGCUCAAUCGGUGCUAUUACCCAACGCUUAGGUUUACCUCCACUGUACUCAUAUCCUUCCAUAUCCUUGUCUGUACAUUUACAUUUUAGUCAUUUAGCAGACGCUCUUAUCCAGAGCGACUUACAGUUAGUGAAUGCAUACAUUUAAUUUUUUUUCAUACUAACCCCCCGUGGGAAACGAACCCACAUCCCUGCCGGCCAAACCCUCCCCUACCUUGGACGACACUGGACCAAUUGUGCGCCGCCCAUGGGUCUCCCGGUUGCGGCCGGCUGCGACAGAGCCUGGACUCGAACCAGGAUCUCUAGUGGCACAGCUAGCACUGCGAUGCAGUGCCUUAGACCACUGCGCCACUCGGGAGUUACAUAAUGCCCUGAAUCUAUUCAACAACGCCCGGAAAUCUGCCCCUUUUAUUCUUUGUACCCAACGCACUAGAAGACCAGUUCUUAAAGCCUUUAGCCGUAUCCUUAUUCUACUCCUCCUCUGUUCCUCUGGUGAUGUAGAGGUUAACCCAUGCCCUGUAGCCCCCAGUAUCACUCCUACUCCCCAGGCGCUAUCAUUUGUUGACUUCUGUAACCGUAAAAGCCUUGGUUUCUUGCAUGUUAACAUCAGAAGCCUCCUCCCUAAGUUUGAGUUAUUCACUGCGUUAGCACACUCCGCCAACCCUGAUGUUCUAGCAGUGUCUGAAUCCUGGCUUAGGAAGGCCACCAAAAACUCUGACAUUUCCAUCCCCAACUUCAACAUUUUCCGUCUAGAUAGAACUCCCAAAGGGGGCGGAGUUGCAAUCUACUGUAAAGAUAGCCUGCAGAGUUUGAGCUUCUACUUCUAAAAAUCCACCUUUCCAGAAAUAAGUCUCUCACUGUUGCCGCUUGCUACAGACCCCCCUCAGCCCCCAGCUGUGCCCUGAACACCAUAUGUGAAUUGAUUGCCCCCCAUCUAUCCUCAGAGUUCGUACUGCUUGGUGACCUAAACUGGGAUAUGCUUAACACCCCGGCCGUCCUACAAUCUAAACUAGAUGCCCUCAAUCUCACACAAAUUAUCAAGGAACCUAUCACAUACAACCCUAAAUCCGUAAACAUGGGCACCCUCAUAGAUAUCAUCCUGACUAAUUUACCCUCUAAAUACACCUCCGCUGUCUUCAACCAGGAUAUCAGCGAUCACUGCCUCAUUGCCUGCAUCCGUAAUGGGUCCGCGUUCAAACGACCACACCUCAUCACUGUCAAAUGCUCCCUAAAACACUUCAGCGAGCAGGCCUUUCUAAUUGACCUGGCCCGGGUAUCCUGGAUGGAUAUUGACCUCAUUCCAUCAGUAGAGGAUGACUGGUUGUUCUUUAAAAGUGCUUUCCUCUCCAUCUUAAGUAAGCAUGCCCCAUUCAAAAAAUUCAGAACUAAGAACAGAUAUAGCCCCUGGUUCUCCCCAGACUUGACUGCCCUUGACCAGCACAAAACAUCCUGUGGCGUACUGCAUUAGCAUCGAACAGCCCCCGCGAUAUGUAACUUUUCAGGGAAGUCAGGAACAAAUAUACACAAUCAGUUAGGAAAGCAAAGGCUAGCUUUUUCAAACAGAAAUGUGCAUCCUGUAGCACUAACUCCAAAACGUGUUGGGACACUGUAAAGUCCAUGGAGAAUAAGAGCACCUCCUCCCAUUUGCCCACUGCACUGAGGCUAGGAAACACUGUCACCACUGAUAAAUCUACGAUAAUGGAGAAUUUCAAUAAGCAUUUUGCUACGGCUUUCCACCUGGCUACCCCUACCCCGGCCACCAGCUCUGCACCCUCCGCUGCAACUGGCCAAUGCACCCCCCCCCCCCCCCCCCCCCCCCCCGGUUCUCCUUCACCCAAAUUCAGAUAGCUGAUGUUCUGAAAAAGCUGCAAAAACUGGACCCCUACAAAUCAGCUGGGUUAGACAACCUGGACCCUUUCUUUCUAAAAUUAGGUGCCAAAAUUGUAGCAACCCCUGUUACUAGCCUGUUCAAACUCUCUUUGUCUGGACCUCUGGCAGUCUCUAUGGGGGUGCCACAGGGUUCAAUUCUCGGGCCAACUCUAUUCUUUGUGUAUAUCAAUGAUGAUGCUGGUGGUGACUCUCAGAUCCACCUCUAUGCAGACGACACCAUUUUGUAUUUAAAUUUGAGUCAUUUAGCAGACGCUCUUAUCCAGAGCGACUUACAGUUAGUGAGUGCAUACAUUUUCAUACUGGCCCCCCGUGGGAAACGAACCCACAACCCUGGCGUUGCAAGCACCAUGCUCUACCAACUGAGCUACAGGGGACUAUACAUCUGGCCCUUCAUUGGACACUGUGUUAACAAACCUCCAAACGAGCUUCAAUGCCAUACAACAUUCCUUCCGUAGCCUCCAACUGAACUUAAACGCUAGUAAAACUAAAUGCAUGCUCUUCAAUCGAACGCUGCUUGCACCCGCCCGCCCGACUAGAAUCACUACUCUCGGCGGGUCUGACUUAGAAUAUGUGGACAACUAUAAAUACCUAGGUGUCUGGUUAGACCGUAAACUCUCCUUCCAGAUUCACAUUAAGCAUCUCCAAUCCAAAGUUAAAUCUAGAAUCGGCUUUCUAUUUUGCAACAAAGCCUCCUUCCCUCAUGCUGCCAAACAUGCCCUCGUAAAACUGACUAUCCUACCGAUCCUUGACUUCGGCGAUGUCAUUUACAAAAUAGCCUCCAACACUCUACUCAGCAAAUUGGAUGUAGUCUAUCACAGUGCCAUCCAUUUUGUCACCAAAGCCCCAUAUACUACCCACCAUUGUGACCUGUACUGCUCUCGUUGGCUGGCCCUCACUACAUAUUCGGCGCCAAUCCCACUGGCUCCAGGUCAUCUAUAAAUCUCUGCUAGGCAAAUCCCUGCCUUAUCUUAGCUCAUUGGUCACCAUAGCAACACCCACCCGUAGUAUGCGCUCCAGCAGGUAUAUCUCACUGGUCAUCCCCAAAGCCAAUACCUCCUUUGGUCGCCAUUCCUUCCAGUUCUCUGCUGCUAAUGACUGGAACGAACUGCAAAAAUCUCUGAAGCUGGAGACUCUUUUCUCCCUCACUAACUUUAAGCAUCAGUUGUCAGAGCAGCUUACCGAUCACUGCACCUGUACACAGCCCAUCUGUAAUUAGCCCACCCAACUACCUCACCCCCAUAUUGUUAUUUAUUUUGCACCCCAGUAUCUCUAUUUGCACAUCAUCUUCUGCACAUCUAUCACUCCAGUGUUAAUACUAAAUUGUAAUUAUUUUGCACUAUGGCCUAUUUAUUGCCUUACCUCCAUAACUUACUACAUUUGCACACACUGUAUAUAGAUUUUCUAUUGUGUUAUUGACUGUAUGUUGUGUUUAUCCCAUGUGUAACUCUGUGUUGUUGUUGUUUUUAUCGCACUGCUUUGCUUUAUCUUGGCCACGUCGCAGUUGUAAAUGAGAACUUGUUCUCAAUUGGCCUACCUGGUUAAAUAAAGGUGAAAUAAAAUAGAAUAAAGUAUAGAGAAAGGCAUCACAGACAUGACACCUUCCUCUCUCUCCCGCCUUCACCCUCUCUUUCUCUCCCCCUUCUCCCCCCCUCCAUUAUAUCUCCCUACUUCUUUCUCCCCUCCUCUAUACUAUUUAUCUUCCUCCUCUCCUCUCCCUCCAUCCAUUCUCUCCUACCUCCAUCUCUCUCUCAACUUUCCCACCUCCACAGACAGGAUAUUGAUAUGUAUCAAGGGUAUUGGCACAUAAGUCAAUACAUUGCAUUCAAGGUAAAAAACGUUGGUGAUAAAGCUGCAAUGGGUAAAUUGAUGAAAGACACAGACAGACAGAGGGACAGACAGACAGACAGAGACAGACAGACAGACAGACAGGCAGGCAGGCAGACAGACAGACAGGCAGGCAGGCAGGCAGGCAGGCAGGCAGGCAGGCAGGCAGGCAGGCAUAUAAACAGACAGACAGACAGACAGACAGACAGACAGACAGACAGACAGACAGACAGACAGACAGACAGACAGACAGACAGACAGACAGACAGACAGACAGACAGACAGACAGACAGACAGACAGACAGACAGACAGACAGACAGACAGACAGACAUAUCCACUCACAGACAGACUGGCAGGCAGGCAGACAUAAACUCACAGACAGUCAGACAGACAGAGAGACCAAGACAGACAGGGAGGCAGGCAGGAAAGCAGACAGACAAACUCUAAACUCAACCCUAAACCUAACCCUAACCCAAGCUUCAUGUCCACAUCCCAGCUCAACCCUAACCCUAGCCAUAACCCUAACCCUAUUCCUAGCCCUCCACAUCUUGGCUCUUGGAGUUAGGGUUGAGCCGGGAUGUGGAGAUGAACCGAGGGUUAGGGUCAGGGUUGGAGUUAGGGUUGAGUCGGGAGUUGAUAUGAAGCUAGGGUUAGGUUUAGGGUCUCAACCCUAGACAUAACCCUAACCUAAUCAAAUGGCUACCCGGACUAUUUGCAUUGUUCCCCCAUCCCCUCUUUUACUCUGCUGCUACUCUCUGUUUAUUACCUAUGCAUAGUCACUUUAACUCUACCUACAUGUACAUAUUACCUCAAUUACCUCUACUAACCUGUGCCCCCGCACAUUGACUCUGUACCGGUACCCCCUGUAUAUAGCCUUGCUACUGUUAUUUUACUGCUGCUCUAUAAUUAUUUGUUAUUUAUAUUUUUUACUUAACACUUAUUUUUCUUAAAACUGCAUUGUUGGUUAAGGGCUUGUAAGUAAGCAUUUCACUGUAAGGUCUACCUACACCUGUUGUAUUCGGCACUUGUGACAAAUACAAUUUGAUUUGAUUUAAUCAAAUUAACUAUUAUUUCAUUUGCCCCUCCCUCCACUACAUCGCAGAAAGGUGGGCCUUGAAGCCUGACCUAAAGUUAGUGUGCUUUUGAGUGACAUCAGCAGAACGAUUGAGGCUAGAAAACAAAAUGUGUGUAUGGAAUCGUUCAACAGACACUCUAGAUCCCUCAAACUCAACUCUGGACCCCGAAGCCAGUUCCACUGCAUUUUUUCAUUGUUCCCCUCUAAUCAGGGACUGAUUUAGACCUGGGACACCAGGUGGGUGCAAUUAAUUAUCAGGUAGAACAGAAAACCAGCAGGCUCCGGACCUCGUAGGGUAAGAGUUGAAUACCCCUGCUCUAGAUGAACGCAAGCCUACACCAGGUGAAAUGAACUCUUCACAGUGAAAACUUGGUCCCACAGAGAACAAGGCAUUUCUUCCAUAGAAAAGCAUUACCUACAGCCCUCACUUAACCAUGACGCCCCUGUUGACUGUGAUUAAGCUAGCUAACCGUGUAAAUGAGAGGUAGUUUCACGAGCUCAUUGCGCUAACGCUAGUUAGCAAUUGCGCUAGCGCUAGUUAGCAACUUCCUUCAAAGGAGACAUAAAAAUGGUAUCCACGAGUUCAUCUGACUCUGGGGAAGUAGAUAAAGAUUCUGAAGUAACCCCUUAAUCCUCAACAUGGUCCUUCAUUCUCUCCCUGCAGUUACACAAAAACAUUGUCUUCCAUCCUCUCUGUCAAUUCUUAACAUAAAGACUUGAAACUCAAGGCAUCGUUAAAGAGUGUCCCCCGUACAUUGAAUUUCAGCUUCCUGCGAUUACAGGAAGUGACUUAAUUGGGGGUCAUAGGGGCCGUUUCGAAGGGUUGCAAAGGUUUAAUCUACCCAAAUGUUACAUAUUUGUGACCGGGGAACAGUCAAAGAAAAUGUUAUUGACUUGAAACUUGAAACUGUCUGUCUGUCUGCCUGCCUGUCUGUCUGUCUGGCUCUGUCUGCCUAACUGCCUGCCUGUCGGCCUUCCUGUCUGUCUGCCUGCCUGCCUGUUUGUCUGUCUGCCUGUGUCUGUCAGCCUGUCUGUAUGUCAACUUGCCUGCCUGCGUGUCUGCCUGCCUGUUUGCCUGCCUGUCUGCCUGCCUGUUUGUCUGCCUGUCUGCCUGUUUGUGUCUGUUUGUCUGUCUGCCUGUCUGUCUGUCAGACAGACAGAGGAGGGAGAGGGAGAGGGAGCGCGAGAGAAAGAGAGAUGAGAGGAGGAGGGAGGGACAGGAGGAAGAGAGAAUGGAGGGGGAGGAGGGAGAGAGAAGAGGGGGAGUGAGGGAGGGGGAGAAAGGGGAGAAAGAGAGGGAGAGGGUGAAGGAGGGAGGGGGGAGAGAGAGGAGGAAGGGGAGAGAGAGAGUCAACAGACAGACAGAGGUGGGUGAGAGGAGGGAGAGAGAGGAGGAAAAGGGAGAGAGAGCGAGAGAGAGAGAGAGAGAGAGAGAGAGAGAGAGAGAUGAGAGGAAAGGGAGGCAGGGGAGGAGGGAGAGAGAGAAGGGGGAGAGUGAGGGUAGGGGAGAGAAAGAGGGAGAGGGUGAAGGAGGGACUGGGAGAGAGAGGAGGGGGAGGGAGGGAGAGAGAGAGGGGAGAGAGAGACAGAGGGUGACACAACCCUGUGACACUCAUCUUUUCCCAUUGACUGCAAUGUACUGAGAAAAAUAUCAGCAAAAAUGUGCCAAAAUGACGUUUACCUAUGAUAUUAUGUUGUAGAGUAAUAUGGUACAUUCUUUAAAAAAAAGGUGCUAUCUAGAACCUUAAAGGGUUCUUCGGCUUUCUCCAUAGGAGAACCCUUUGAAGAACCCUUUUUGGUUACAGGUAUAACCCUUUUGGUUCCAGGCAAAGCCCUUUUGUGUUCCAUGUAGAACCCUUUCUAGAGUGUAUAGCUGUGCGGUGCAUACACUGUUUCAGCUGUCGCUACAACAUUCGUCUUUCCAGUUCAGAUACAGUUCGCUCCUUGUUAAUGUUUUGAUGAUCUGUUGCUAACCCAGUAAUGGCAUUGAGCCUCAUUUACCAGUGAAUGGGAAUUGGUAAAGGGAAAUGUGAGAUUCCUAUUCUUUUCAACUGCGUCUCCAGUGACAGAUUUUACUGACUGAUCUCUCACUUUCAGUCUAUCUGAUCAUGAUCCUGAUCUGUGUAGUGACCCGUGUGUGUGUUUUGUUUUUAUAGGUGGACAGCUGGGCUCUGGGGGUGCUGCUGUACACCCUGGUCUAUGGGACCAUGCCAUUCGAUGGAGGAGACCACAAGAACCUCAUCCGCCAGAUAAGCAAUGGAGAGUACAGAGAGCCCACCCAGUCCUCAGGUGCAGAACAAGACCCUCUACCUACACAGUCUGAGACAGGGGUCCCCAAUUACAUUCAUCCGUGGAUGGUCGGGGGGCAGGAACAUUGUUAUAAAUCAUUUGUACACUUCAAAUUGACCGCAGGAAUCCCAAACAGAAUAAUUUAAAACCUUGAUUACAUUGGGAUACGAUCACAUAUGCUCCUCUAUUUAUGCGUGGGAAUACUUGGGAAGAUAUUUCCUAAAUUAAAAUCACUUUGAGCUGAUUUCCUGGUGAUUUUACAGUCUUUUAUGUCCACAACUAUUUAAUUUUUUCUAAGAAUUUGGCGGGCCGCCUAUUGGGAAACCUUGGUCUAAGAUCUAUUCAUUAGAUAAUAAAUGCUCUGUAGCGAAAAACAACACUGAAGUUUAACCUAGCUCAUUAAUACCCCGUUGUGCUCAUAUAUAGAGUGUUAAACUCUGCUCCCCUCCUGUUGCCCUUCCCAGAUGCCCGUGGUCUGAUCCGCUGGAUGUUGAUGGUGAACCCAGAGCGACGGGCCACAGUGGAAGACAUCGCCAACCACUGGUGGGUGAACUGGGGCUGGAAGAGCAGCGUGUGCGACUGCGAGACCCAGCGGGACAACGGCACCUCCUCUCCCAUGCUGGCCCGCUUCAUCGACUGGCAGAACCGGACAGAGCCCCGGCCGGGCAAACCCACCACCCUGCUGCCCCUGGUCCUCCGCCAGCGCCCCAAGAAGUCGAAGAAGGAGAACGGGGUGGGGGAUGGGCCCCACGUUGGAGGGGAGGGGGACAAGUCUGGGCUGAAAAGGCCCAAGGGGAUCCUGAAGACCCGGGUGACAGAGGAGCAGCAUUCGCCCAGCCUGGAGGAGGUGGAGCUGGGGAGCGGUGGAGCGAUGAUGGGCAUCAGGCCAGCCGAGGUAGAACCAGCCUGCUCUAGCCCCAACAGAGAGGCGGAAGAGGAGGAGCCCGCCCUGGCAGGGGGCUCGCCGGCCAAGAUGGUGCCCACCCUCCCCAGGAAGGGCAUCCUGAAGAACAACCAACAACGGGAAUCAGGGUACUACUCCUCCCCGGAGCGCAGUGAGUCCUCCGAGCUGCUAGGGGGUGCCGCCAUGUCCCUGGUUACCGCCUGCAGCUCCCCGCCCAGGAGAGUUGUGGGGAGGAAGGGCAUCUUGAAGCGCAACGGGAAGUAUUCCACCUACAGCGGCCCUCCCUCGGCUGGUGCUCUUGGGGAACCCUCCCAGGGUGACUCGGGCCUGUCCCGCAGCCAGAGCCGUCCAUCCAGCAUGGUGUUGGAGGAUGGCGUCCUGUCCCCCAGGCUGUCCCCCGACUGGCCCCCCACCGCCCUGCACCGCCCCAACAUCAGGGCCUGUGUGUCAGCCGAAAAUCUGCUGCAGCUGGCCAGCUUCAAGGGUUUCCAGGUGGCCCCUCUGCUCCAAGGGUCAAAGUUCAGCCGGACCCCCAGAUCGCGGGGGUCCCCGGGGGACAACGGCAGCUUCUCCCUGCUGGGGGACCUGGACGACAUGACUCAGGUGUACCAGCAAGCCCUGGACAUCAGCAGCAACCUCACCUAG